AUCCACAGCAGCCUGCAUUAGAGGCGGCUGUGGACGAGAAUAUUCUUCGAUUUAUUCGUUAUAUAGAGGAGUGAAUAGUAUAUCUUUGAUUGGGACUUAUGUCUUUGAAGUAUUCUGUUGAUAAAAUCUCUGGCAACAAACACUGUUGACUGUUUAUAGUGCUGUGCAUUUGUUUAUAUUCAAUGUUGUGUAUAAUGUUUCACGUGGCGAGGUGACCAGCUGUGAUUGCGAAGCAUAAAUUUUAUGAAACUAAGUUAGCUUAAAACCAAGCGCAAUGCCGAAGAUAAAGGCAGAGAAGAAGACAAGGCAGCAUCAGCUGGUAGCCAAACAGGGAAUUCUAUUCAACAAAGAAUUUGGUCAACAUAUUUUGAAGAAUCCUUUGAUAAUUCAAAGUAUGAUUGAAAAAGCUGCUCUACGACCUACUGAUGUAGUUCUAGAAAUUGGUCCAGGUACUGGAAAUAUGACUGUCAAACUUCUUGAAAGGGCUAAAAAAGUUAUAGCCUGUGAAAUAGAUACACGUUUAGUUGCUGAACUGCAAAAAAGGGUACAAGGUACACCAAUGCAAUCUAAACUGCAUAUAUUGAUUGGUGAUGUUCUAAAGUCAGACUUGCCAUUCUUUGACUUGUGUGUGGCAAAUAUCCCAUAUCAGAUCUCGUCACGUCUAGUUUUCAAGCUCCUUUUACACAGGCCGUUCUUCCGUUGCGCAGUAAUUAUGUUCCAACGAGAAUUUGCUCAAAGGCUUGUUGCAAAACCUGGUGAUAAACUGUACUGUAGAUUGUCCAUUAACACUCAGCUUUUAGCAAGAGUGGAUAUGCUAUUGAAGGUAGGGAAGAACAAUUUCAAGCCACCUCCAAAGGUGGAAUCAAGUGUAGUUCGAAUAGAGCCUAGAAAUCCUCCGCCUCCCAUCAAUUUUACAGAGUGGGAUGGGCUUACAAGAAUUGCCUUCACAAGAAAGAAUAAAACAUUGGGCUCAGCAUUUAAACAGUCAUCAGUUCUUGCUGCACUUGAAAAGAAUUACAAGAUUCACUGUUCAUUACACAACAUAACACUUCCAGACAAGUUUGACAUUAAAGUGAAGCUUGAUGAUAUCCUCAAGCAAAAUGAUUUUGAAACAAAGAGAGCCCGAACCAUGGAUAUUGAUGACUUCAUGAAGCUCUUGCACGCAUUCAAUGUGGAAGGUGUACAUUUUUCGUAGCAGUGGAAUUUUUAUAUAUACAUGGGACAGUUGUCACCUGCAUCAUUCCUGAAUGAAGUACACUUGUGGACACAGUGGCGUCGUCUUGCAUAUGGUGCAGUGAACUUGGAAACAUCAUUUAAGAUUUCUGAGCAUAUAAUUAUUUUUGUUAUUAAGAUCUGAGCACACAUUGUGAGAACUUAAAAGUGAGCUCUUUAUGCCCAGUUUGUUGCUGCAGGUAUCCAGUUGUCUAAUAAAAUAGGAAAGAACACAAUUUGGUUCCAGAAAUGCAUGACCUGUAAAGUUAGUUCUAAUGUUUUCUCCUUGUAUCAGCAUUUGUUUAGUGUGUGGUAUGAAGUCUCCUCCAAAACAGAUUAAUUCACAUUAUAGAAAACUAAACUUUGAAGAUAUAAAAAGGUAAAAGAUAAGGUUUCGAAGCAAUGUUGUUAUUAAAGUAUUUUGUAUAAUUAAGCAGAGAAAGUCUUUUUCAAGUGAACUUGUUCCAAAAAUUUGUAGGAAGCUGCACAAGAAAUACACACUUCAUCACAUAAAUACAACACUUCAAAGUGAUCUUCAUAAAAGAACACCUGAAGCAGUAAGUAGAAUAAGAAGUAUCAGUAAUCGUCUAACGAAACACUGAUACAUAAUGAGUAUAUAAGCACAGAAUGCUGUGUGUCUUACCAAUAUAAUUAGUUCAUAGUUACUAAAUUUAGUAAAACAGAUUUCAUUUGUUCGGAUGUGAUAAGCAUGGUCUUGCAGUGUAGCAUGAUGCAUAACUUAGUAUUGAAUUAUGGAAUUGAUAUAGGGACUAUAAAACAGAUUCAAUUAACAGGAAUAAAUAUUUUUUCUUCCUAGGUUCAAAAUAUGUACAAAUUAUAAGCUGAUAGUUAUUAGUAACUAAUAUGAAAGAAUCAAGGAGCAAUUAGAACAAGAGUUAGGGGAGUAUCAGGGAGGUUUCAGACAAUGGAGAAGCUGUGCAGAGCAGAUAAUUAGUUUAGAAUUGAUUAUGGCAUACUACAAGAAACCGAACAAAUCUCUGUCAAUAACAUUUGUAGAUUUUAAGAAGGCAUAUAACUGUCUCCACAGACUUUCAGUAUUAAAAAUUUUUAAAAAUC